AUGGACAGACCACUAACAUACAAACAGAACGGUCCCAAAACGAAGGGAAGGGCGUCUAUAGAAUUCAUGCAUGUCCUGGGUGUGCAAAACAACGAGGAGGAUUUCAGCCUGAUCAAAGCAUCUUUAAGGGAACUGGCGAUGGUCCAUUUUGAGCGAGGACUAACAGGUAGUGAGCAAGGGGAGGAAAGAUGGAUUGAGUUUGUCAGAGCGGUCAAAGAUACACUGCCGAUCUUUGAUUCGCCCAAUGCUGACAACACACAACGUCUUCACCACAUGCGAAGAUAUAUAGACCGCAUGCUUGCCAAUACAGCUUGCAUGCAUCGCAAGCGCCGUUUAGGAGUUCAACAACUCACCGACAACUUAAAUCACCGUGCCAUUACCGCGGAGGCUAUUCCUCCAAGGUCUCCAGCUCAGAGCCCGUGCCCUUCUGUGGAAACUAGUACCAGCACUUCAGUAUCAUAUUCUUCCACACCGCCUGAACUUUCCAGCAUGAUGCUAGUGCCCAGCGCUUGUAAAAGCGGAUCACAAGAUACUUACGCUGUGGAAUACUUUCUCCGGAAAGCACAACUCGAGCACCUCUUGCCACUGUUCGUAUCCCUUGGGAUAAACAGUCAAGAGAGACUUGAUGCAAUUUUUUGCUGGCCAUACGUCGACAGGAUGGGUUUUCUUCGUGAUCUGGUUAACGAGAAAAGACUGGAUUCGUUCGAAUGUAAAACUUUGGAGAUGUUGUUCCGUGGGAUGGCCUAUGGAAGAGAGGUUUAG